AUGUAUCUAUCUAGCUCAUUCUGUUCAUCUCUCCCUGUCUCUCUCUCUUUCUCUCUCUCUCUCUAUCUAUCUAUCUAUCUAUCUAAUUCUAUUCAUAUCUAUCUAUCUAUCUAUCUAUCUAUCUAUUAUGGGUAUCUCUUUUCAUUAACUAUCUCGCCUAAAAUGUCUGUCUGUCUAUCUGUCUAUCUAUCUAUCUAUCUAUCUAUCUAUCUAUCUACAUAUUACAGCCUAAAAUGUCUAUCUAUCUAUCUAUCUAUCUAUCUAUCUAUCUACAUAUUACAGCCUAAAAUGUCUAUCUAUCUAUCUAUCUAUCUAUCUAUCUAUCUAUCUAUCUAUAUAUGCUUCAAAUGCCCAUUCAACACUUUUCUUUUUAACUUUCCUUCAUUUUUUCUUUUCUUUUUUUAUCAAUUCAUUGUCUAUGUAUCAAUCUCUCUCAAUCUUUUCAUAUCUAUAUAUCAUUUUCCCGCUUACUUUAUAUCUAUCUAUCUAUCUAUCUAUCUAUCUAUCUAUCUAUCUAUCUAUCUAUUUAAUUCUAUUAUAUCGUUCGUUCGUUCGUUCGUUCUUUCUUUUUCUUUCUAUAUCUCUAUCUAUUCAUAUAAUUCUGUCUAUCGAUCUAUCCAUCUAAUUCAUAUGAUUCUUUCUUUCUUUCUUUCUUUCUAUCUAUCUAAUUCUAUUCUAUAUCUAUCUAUCUAUCUAUCUAAUUCAUUCAUAUCAUUCUUUUUUUUUCUUUCUUUCUUUCUUUCUUUCUUUCUUUCUAGCGUUACUCUCUCUCUCUCUCUCUCUCUCUCUCUCUCUCUCUCACUGGCCUCUUUUCGGAGAGCUCACGACCUCUGUCACUAUCUAUCUAUCUAUCUAUCUAUCUAUCUAUCUAUCUAUCUCAGUCUGUUCAUAUCUAUCAAUCUAUCUCAGUCUGUUCGUAUCUAUCUGUUAAUCUAUUUCAGUCUGUUCGUAUCUAUCUAUCUAUCUAUCUAUCUAUCUAUCUAUCUAUCUAUCUAUCUAUCUAUCUAUCUAUCUCAGUCUGUUCAUAUCUAUCAAUCUAUCUCAGCCUGUUCGUAUCUAUCUAUCUAUCUAUCUGUUAAUCUAUUUCAGUCUGUUCGUAUCUAUCUAUCUAUCUAUCUAUCUGUUAAUCUAUUUCAGUCUGUUCGUAUCUAUCUAUCUAUCUAUCUAUCUAUCUAUCUAUCUAUCUAUCUAUGUAUCUCAGUCUCUUCAUAUCUAUCAAUCUAUCUCAGUCUGUUCGUAUCUAUCUAUCUGUUAAUCUAUCUAUUUCAGUCUGUUCGUAUCUAUCUAUCUAUCUAUCUAUCUAUCUAUCUAUCUAAAUGUUUCUAUCUAUCAAUGUCACAAUCUCUUCAUUAUCGAUCUAUCCUAAACAUUUUCUAUCCACCCAUCUCUCAAUAUAAUCUAUCUAUCUAUCUAUCUAUCUAUCUAUCUAUCUAUCUAUCUAUCUCAGUCUCUUCAUAUCUAUCAAUCUAUCUCAGUCUGUUCGUAUCUAUCUAUCUGUUAAUCUAUCUAUUUCAAUCUGUUCGUGUCUAUCUAUCUAUCUAUCUAUCUAUCUAUCUAUCUAUCUAUCUAUCUAAUUCUAUUCAUAUCUAUCUAUCUGAAUCUGUUCUUAUCUAUCUAUUUAUCUAUCUAUCGAUCUCAUUCUUCUCAUAUCUAUCUCUCUCUCUCUCUCUCUCUCUAUCUAUCUUAUUUCUAUCCAUCAAUCAAACAAUCUGUUCGUUAUCUCUCGAACUGAAUUUGUUCCUAUCCAUCCCUCAAUUAUUUCAUAUCUAUCUAUCUAGCUACCUAGCUAGCUAA